GGAAGAAUGGUCUCAGGAAAUGAUUCUUCAGUUACUGAAUUUAUGCUGCUUGGAUUAACACAACAGCCAGAUCUGCAGCUGCCCCUCUUCUUCCUGUUCUUUGGCAUCUAUGUCAUGGCUGUGGUGGGGAACCUGGGCUUGAUUGUUCUCAUUAUUCUGAACCCUCACCUGCACACUCCCAUGUACUACUUUCUCUUCAACCUUUCCUUUGUGGACCUCUGCUACUCCUGUGUCAUCAUACCCAGAUUGCUGAUAAGUUUCAUGAAACAGAACAUCAUCUCCUAUGCUGAGUGCAUGACUCAACUCUUUUUCUUCUCCUUCUUUGUAAUUGAUGAGUGUUAUAUCUUGACAUGUAUGGCCUAUGACCGUUAUGUGGCCAUCUGCAAGCCCCUGCUGUACAAGGUCAUCAUGUCUCCUCAGAUCUGCCUUGUGUUGACAGCAUGUGCAUAUGUGAUGGGGUUUGUAGGUGCUACAGCUCAUGUUGUAUGCAUGAUGCGUCUUAUCUUUUGUGAUAAUAAUAUCAUCAAUCAUUACAUGUGUGACAUCCCUCCUCUUCUCCAACUCUCCUGUACAAGCACCUACAUCAAUGAGCUGGUGGCUUUCAUUGUGGUGGGCAUCAGCAUAGCAGUACCUAGUCUCACUCUCUUUGUUUCCUAUAGCCAGAUUCUCUGCAGCAUCCUGCACAUCCGUUCUUCCCGUGCAAGGUCCAAAGCCUUCAGUACCUGUAGCUCCCACAUAAUAACUGUGUGUCUUUUCUUUGGUUCUGCAGCAUUUACUUACUUCAAGCCUUUUCCUGGUGAGUCUCUAGCUCAGAAUAAAGUAUCUACUGUUUUUUAUACCAUUGUGGGUCCAAUGAUGAAUCCUUUCAUCUAUAGCUUGAGGAACAAAGAUGUACAUGUUGCAUUGAGUAAAACAUUGAAGAGAAACAUCCUUUACUAA